AACAAUGCUCGCGCCUCUCCUAGGUUACAUUAUAAUAUUGGGGAAAUGCGUGACGUCACAGCUUACAAAUAACGCGCACACGCGAAGAGUCACGGGGCUUUGGCGGUAAUUGAUCUUUACGCCGGUGUGACAGUGUGUGACUUGCACUGAUCGAGCUGCAUCAUGGAGAGUUCUAGGCUCAUCAAGGUGUGCGCCGGAGUCGCUAUAGCUUUCACCGCAACCGUCCUGAUGCACAUGCGAGACCCGUCCGACGUGCUGGACAGCGGUUACGGUUACCCCGAGUUGUGGCGGAAAACCGGCCUGGCAGGAGCUCCGGCGCGCGCUGCGGCGUGCAUCGUAGCGGGCACUCUGCUUUUGGCAGCUGGUUGGCUUUACCGUCUCUUGUUCGCGCCUCUGGAACUGCUGCGGAAUCCGGACGAUGUUGGAUACGUGGCGGAAGACGGGCGCUCACGAGCCCGCGCUGCCAACGAGGUGCGGCGGAGGCGCAAGACCGGAGAACUGCCUCCAGUUUACCCGAACGGCUGGUACCGGAUCCUGGAUUCGCACAUGCUGGAGCGGGGAGACGUCAAGAGCGUUACCGUUUUGGGUGAGCAGGUGGCUGUGUUCCGGGCUCAGAAUGGGAAGGUCCAUGUGGUGGAUGCCUACUGCCCUCACCUAGGGGCCAACCUGGCUGUAGGGGGCCGAGUGGUGGGCAACUGUAUAGAAUGUCCCUUCCACGGGUGGCAGUUUCGAGGAGAGGAUGGAAAGUGUGUCAGGAUUCCAUACGCUGAAAAGGUGCCGGAGUUUGCUAAGGUUCGCUGCUGGCUGAGCUGUGAGAUUAACGAGCAGAUCUUGGUUUGGUUCCACUGUGACGGAGAGGAACCAAGCUGGACAGUUCCUGAGCAGAAGGAGAUCACCAAUCACGAGUGGGUUUACCGAGGACGCACAGAGCACUUCAUCAAUGCUCACAUAGAGGAGAUACCAGAGAACGCUGCAGACAUCGCUCACCUCGCUCACCUACACACACCGGGUAUCGUGAGUGGCGUGGAUCUGCGUUACACCAACAGUAAGACCUGGGAGUUCAUCCGCCAUGACUGGAAGGUGGAAUGGAAUCCAGAGCCAGAGCCUAAUAAGCACUGUUCUCAGAUGUUAGUGAAGCAUGCUUUGACUGUAUUUGGACGUCACUGGCCUCUCUUGGACGUGAAUGUAGUGGCCAGACAGGUCGGUCCAGGUGUAGUGUUCCUGCUGUUUAAUCACAAAUUCCUGGGUCAUGGUGUGAUCUUACACUGUGUGACCCCGGUGGAGCCGCUGCUGCAGUGUGUGUCGCACUCUAUCUUCUACCAGAGCAACAUUCCUCCACUAGUGCCAAAAUUUAUCCUUCGAGCAGAGUGUAUACAGUUUGAGCGGGACGUGAUGAUCUGGAACAAUAAGAAGUAUAUGUCUAAACCAGUGCUGGUGAAAGAGGACUCGGCCAUCCAGAAACACCGGCGCUGGUACAGUCAGUUCUACAGUGAGAACAGCCCACGUCUGCGCUUCCAACACGAAACACUGGACUUCUGAUCAAACACAUGGACCGGACUCAAGAUGUUAUGCAGCUGUUCAAUCGAGCAUCCUUGUAAUGGUCCUUCCCAGACCUGAAAUGCAUCAAGAUGAGCUGAUGAUCUUAAGAUAUUCAAAUGUUCCUCAAUCAGAACAAAACAUCUCUAAAACCCAAGAGGACGCCAUAAUGGUAGCAGAUUAUUUCCUUCCAGUUUUUAAGGACCGUUCCGUCCUUGUUGAAGUGCCUGAAAGGACUGUGAAUCAUUAAUAUAAGUGCUAACUUUUUCUUGCUCUGUGAGAAUCACUGUACUGUAGCUCGAAUUUAUUGCAUAAUGCGUUGUAAUCAGGGGAAUUUAACACAUCACAACACAUCGCACACUGAAGAGCUCUUCCAUCUAAUGCGAGCAAUAACAGCUGACGGGCCGGAAGACGAAACGAAGACUCGAUCAUUUCUACACUGUGAAUUACAAGGUCAUCCUCUCGGUAUUACUAAAAUACAGGGCUUGAAUUGGUGCAGCUAUCUCCGUAAAUACAUACAGCCGCAUCGAUUCAAGCAUGAACAAGUUUGUAUCGUGAACGAUUCUAUACACGCCUCACUGCAUUGUAAAGCCUGAUACAGCUAUCUCAUUCUCAAUUAAUAGUAAGCUGUUGUUUAGAAAUAAUAGCAAAGGAGGCGUGGUCUCGGUGCCUGUCUGAACCAUAGUGUUUAAAAUUGCCGGCUUUAAUAAUACCCACGAUAUAUAUUGCAUAAUUAAGCAUUAAGCAUGUGUCAACUUUUAUGUUAUCUCAGAACGGAAAAUGUACAACGCCCACAGUUUCUCAUAAAGUAAAGAGCGACACUUAUCCGUUUAUAAUUUAUGAUGUUAAACCACAAAGCCCUGAAGAUUACAGUAUGUUAGAAAACCUCCACAUUUGUAAAGCACUGACACUGGAGAAUCCUUCCAAAAACGCUACAGAAAAACCUAAUGCAUUUAUAUAUAAAUCUGUGAUCUGACUUGCAGCUGGUACAAAUAAAUAAUAAAUGAUCACUAUAUAUUUUAAAUCUAAAUAUUUAUAAACACUUAAAUAUGUAUUACUGUACACUGUAGCUACAUAGCAUUCGGGACGUAAAGGUUUAAAGCCGAUAGAAUCCGGGAUACAAUUUGUGUCUUUCUAUUUCUAUCGAGUCUUCUUGAGGUUUCAGUGUGUUGAAUGACUUCAUUACGAUAUGUCAGAGCAUGCACUAAAAGCAUGUAGGGUUUGAUAAAGCUAGAUAACUACUGAACUGUUAUCUAACCACCUUUUUUUUAAAGCUAACAGUGGUGUUUGUCCUUGUGCGCAGCCGGACUACUUGCUGUUGCUCAUUUGCCCUGUUUGCAACAACGAGAGCAGUUUGUUCUGUACUAAUAGUAUGGCAUAUUCCAGCCUAAUCUUUGCCCAUUAUUUUUGUACAUGAGAUAUGGCUGAUACCUCAGACUAGCAUUUCUACACUAUUCUCUACACUAAAUGAAAAUACUGUAUGUUUGCUUUAAAAAAAUGUUUUAUGGUUAUUCAUGACUUGUAAAUCACUGAUAGUCAUUGACGAUAUUAAAUCAAGGCAGUCGUGGCCUAAUGGUUAGAGAGUUUGAUUCGUAACCCAAAGGUCGUGGGUUCGAGUCUCGGGCCGGCCACGACUGAGGUGCCCUUGAGCAAGGCACCAAACCCCUCAACUGCUCC